AUGAGCGAGAAAGAGGCACUGCAUCCCGACCUCGGCGAGAUUGCCGAGCAAUCAAACGAGGUUGACAGGCCCGGCGACGCAAGCGCUCCGGCCGACAAGGCGCUCGAUGACAGGAGCGAUGCCGACGGUGCCCUGCUGGGACCCGAUGAUGAUAAAAGCGCGAAGCAGCGGCUCUCCGAAGGCGUGCGGAAGGACGCAAAGAAGCCUGCCAAAGGCACUGCAGCCAGCAAAGCCACCCAAGGCAGUCGGAAGGCUGGCAGCGGGAAAUCAUCCAAGAAACCAAAUACCAAGAGGGACGUCGACGACAAAGCCGACAAAGCCGGAAAAAAGAAGGGGCAAUCCGGGCACGAGGCCGAGGCUGCCAGCGACUUCAAUGCGGAAGAGUCUGAAGUCGACGGCUCGAAUGCAUACAGCACAAGAGACCAGGAGCCAUCUACGAACACGGAUUUGUUUGAGAACGAGAUUAGUGACCUGAUGGGAGAAAAUGUGGUUGAGGAAGAAUGGGAAACGGACCUUGAGGUCGACGAUAUCCUCAAGAAGAAGGCACAACUCAAUCCGUACGAGUCGGCCUGCAAGGUGCUGGGCAUUGUCCCGGCAAGCUCCUUUGCAUCAAAAGCCUCGGGCCAGUCCGAGGUGAUCUUGAAGCACCGUGGACUGGGACCCAAAGGCGCUCAGGCCAUAGCCGAUGUCCUCGAGUCCAAUACGAGCAUUCAGUACCUGGAUCUGACCGACAACUGGAUCGAAUCGGGCGGAGCACACAUCGGCCGAGCGCUCCAGCUCAAUCGCUUCUUGGUCGAGCUGAACCUCACCGACAAUCGCCUUGGGCCAGAGGCAGGCCGGGAAAUGGCCGAGAUGCUGACCUUCAACGGCACUCUCAAGAUACUCAAUCUGGCAGGCAACCGCCUCACCGACAACGAGGCCAUUCAUUUCUCCCACGGGUUGAAGCAAAACUCGACUCUUCAAGUCUUAAAUCUCAGCCACAACCAGAUUGGUGACAUUGGCGCGAUUGCCCUGGGAUCCGGCAUCUCGUCAAACGAUGUCCUGAAGGAACUCAAUCUUGGCUGGAACCAUAUUCGGAUGAAGGGCAUAGCCGGGUUCGUCGCCAACAGCAGGGGAAACAUCACCGUCAACACAUACAACUUUGAGAAGAAUGGACUUGGCGAGACCGGCUCCAACAUCCACCAGCUGCUGAACCAGUCCGCCGCCAUUCAGUAUCUCAAUAUCAGCGGCACUCGGCUCGGCGACGGCGGUAUCACAGCAGUUGCAAAGGCAAUCGAAAGCCACGGCGCAACUGCGCUCUUCAAGGCUCUCCAGAGCUCAAGCGGACUCAAGCACGUUGGAUUCAAGACGUGCCCGGUCAGCAUCUGUGACUAG